UGGAGCUGCUGCAGCGACCGGGGAACACACGAUGCGCGGACUGCGGCGCCCCGGAUCCCGACUGGGCUUCCUACACCCUGGGGGUGUUCAUCUGUCUGAGCUGCUCCGGAAUCCACCGGAACAUCCCCCAGGUCAGCAAGGUGAAGUCUGUCCGUCUGGAUGCCUGGGAGGAGGCUCAAGUGGAGUUCAUGGCCUCCCACGGGAACGACGCUGCUAGGGACACGUACGAGUCCAAAGUGCCUCCGUUCUACUACCGGCCCACGUUUUCCGACUGUCAACUCCUGCGCGAACAGUGGAUCCGGGCCAAGUACGAGCGGCAGGAGUUCACCCACCCUGACAAGCAGGAGCCCUACUCCGCAGGAUACCGAGAAGGCUUUCUCUGGAAGCGCGGCCGGGACAACGGGCAGUUUUUAAGCCGGAAGUUUGUGCUGACGGAGCGGGAAGGGUCCCUGAAAUAUUUCAACAGAAACGAUGCCAAGGAGCCCAAGGCUGUCAUGAAGAUCGAGCAUCUGAACGCCACCUUCCAGCCCGCUAAGAUUGGCCACCCCCAUGGCCUGCAGGUCACCUACCUGAAGGACAACAGUACCCGCAAUAUCUUUGUCUACCAUGAGGAUGGGAAGGAGAUCGUGGACUGGUUCAACGCACUCCGUGCCGCGCGCUUCCACUACCUGCAGGUGGCGUUCCCAGGGGCCAGCGACGCCGAUCUGGUGCCGAAGCUCUCCCGGAACUACCUGAAGGAGGGCUACAUGGAGAAAACGGGGCCCAAGCAAACAGAAGGCUUCCGGAAGCGCUGGUUCACCAUGGAUGACCGGAGGCUCAUGUACUUCAAAGAUCCCCUGGGGCUGCCCGGCCUCUGCCCACAGGACGCCUUUGCCCGUGGGGAAGUCUUCAUCGGCAGUAGGGAGAGCGGCUACACGGUGCUGGACGGGCUCCCGCCAUCCACCCAGGGCCACCACUGGCCACAUGGCAUCACCAUCGUCACGCCGGAGCGAAGGUUUCUGCUGGCCUGCGAGACAGAGACGGAGCAGCAGGCCUGGGUGGCAGCUUUCCGGAAGGUCGUAGACAGGCCCAUGCUGCCCCAGGAAUACGCAGUGGAAGCCCACUUCAAGCAUAAACCCUAACAAGCAAAGGUUCUGGAGGCCCGAGGGAACUGGACUCGCGGGAAGUGGCCAUCGAGGAGGCAGCGGCCAGAGCGGGGGCCGGCAGAUGGAGGACCCGGCUUCCUGGCCCCCGCCCCAAGCGGCAGCCGCGGACUCGGCCAGGUGGGGGCCUGAGCCUUGAGCCACCAGGACCUGCUUCUCUGGACCCUCACUGCAGGCUGGCCUGACCUGACCUCUGACCCCGCCAUGCCGCCGCCCACUGAUGUGAUCCCUACCACCCCCACCCUCUCCCUGCCCACUGAACCACCCUUCCUCUGAGGCCUGAGCCCGGCCUCCUGGCUCAGGGCAGCCCGGCAGCCCCUCACCACCUCCCCUCACCCCCUGCCCACUUGAGCAGGAUCCUGUGACCAGGAGGCUGGGCUGUGGGGUCAGCGGGCGGCCUGCAUGCCUCCCCUCCCCAUCCUGCCCCUCUUCCAAGUCCCCCUCAACAAGUAUUUAUUGAGCACCUGCUGUGUGUCGGUCAUGGGGUCCUGGGUGCUGGCACGGGGGACACAGUCCUCCUGAAGCCACCGACCUGGCCUGCGCCUGAGGGCCCUGGGGGUCAGGGGCACCGGGGAGCUGCAGCUCACUGGGCCCCAGCAUGCCUGGAUUGGGAGGGAGAAUGGAGGGUCAGCUCCUGCCUGCUGACCCACCCCACCCUGACCUCGUGGCCACUGAGCCCUUGGAAGAGGGAAACCCAGAGUGCCCCCCCGCAGGCCCAGCGUGCUGCUGGCCAGCCAGUACUGACGGCCACCGAGCCUCCUCCCCAGGUGCCCUGGUUCUGUCUGCCCUCGGUGGGGGGUUGCGGGGGAACAGAGAAGCAGCGCGUGUAGGUGGGGGGUGGACACCUGCUGGGUGAUCUGGGUGGCCCCCCAGCCCCCUCCCAACCCCUAAGGCAGCCCUGGACCAGCCUCUGAGAGGACUAAGAGAGGGUCCCCAAGACAGUGUCCUGUCAGGCCAACCCUCGCGUCCUACCCUAAAGUGGCCCCUUGUGUAGGUCAGGGGUGGGGGCUCUGCAUCCUCCGGAGGACCUACCUGCUGGCCUCUGAUAUAUGCCAGGGUCUCCGCCUGUCCUCGUGGGCCUGACGCCCACCAUCCUAUCUAUCUCCCCUCUGCACCUGAGCAUGGGCUCUCCUGCUCAGACCCGUGUAAACCUGGAUGGGGGGGCAGAUGCGGGGGUAAGAGAGGAGCACAAGUGCCCCCCUCACUCCCAUCUCAGCCCCAGGCCCCAAGACAGCUGGGCCGGGGGGUGAAGAGAGUCACACACAGGGUCACCCAGGAGCCACGCCCCCCCCCCCCCCCCCCCCCCGCUCCAGGCGGGUGCCACUUCCUCAGCAGCCACUCUGGACGCCACCAGCCAUGAUUGCUGGCCCAUCUUCCCUGCAUCUAGACAAGGAAAUGCAAGCCCCAGAGCCAGGGAGUCUCAUGGGUGGAAAUGAAAAGCCAGAGGCCCCCGGACUGCCCCUGCCCAUGUGGGGAGCAGCCUCAGCCACGUGUUCUCGGGGACGGGUCUUCUAGACCCUCUCUUGACCCAGACGCAAGGGCGUUGUGCCCAAGACGCUAACACGUUAAAAAGAAACAGAAUAUUUACCACUGGCAGGAGAAUUUCUCCGACAAGCCAGGAAGCUCACGACCUGCAAACGGCGGUCACUGUGCUUACCUCCACACGUCCGCAUGGUGGGCCACUGGCAGUUCUGGCCUCGGGCCGGCGUCCGCCUCCCUUGUGCUGCACAGUGGGGACGUGGGGAAGCCGCGGCCCGCACAGCUACAAACGGGAUGCCGUGUUCCCAGAAAAUGACAGCACCAUUCACAACUACACGAAAAACAUGGCAGUGCUCACAGGGAAAGUGGGGUCCGGUGCACAGCCCCAAAGUUAUCCCCCUCCCCCCCGGGGGGAGGUCUCCAUGUGCUGAGCGUGGAGACAGACGCCACCACGAGGGGAGCACGGAGGGACACCAGGUGUGCAUGGGUGCGUGGUCUGUGUUCGCCUUAAUUCAGGGCAAAAUUCCACAUAAAAACCUGUGUUCUGCUCCGACGUCCUUCCCGCUGAACGGGCUGGUUUCAGAACGAGCAUCAUGGCACAAGCCGGGGGUCCGUCGCGGGCUUAGGGCCUGCACCCCAGGGCCUGCCCCUUGCGAGGACUCCCUCCACCACCACCCUACACGGAGAGCCCCAGCGGGCAGUUUGUGAGGGGCUCAGCACUCUCCUUCCCCCACCCCGUAGCCUAUGCGCAGAACCCAUGACAAGGCAGGACCCCGCCGGGUUUGGUUUCUCUAAUCGAAAGAAACCGCUACCACGUACUUACACGCGAGUCACAGACCCUCCUGACACUGGCCGCUCGUGGCCGUCCACAGCGCCCACGGCAGGCACUGUGUGGACAGACCUGGCCCCUGCUGGUCUCGGCACCCGCUCCCUGCCCACCGGCCCCAGGAGCUCACUCAGAAAGGACGAGCGCUGCAAAGCCCAGUAUAAAGGAUUUAUUUCAGCUCAACAAGUAACACAAACCUUCCUUUAAAUUCCAUCUUACAGUCAAUAAAAGUGUGUAUCUCA